GUGCCAUGGGUGUCCAUCGGAUUCCCUUGAAUGCUGCAAAUCCUACCUAAUUCAACACUCGGGUAAUUUUUCUGUAUUAUUCCACAUUCUUCGUAAAGUUUUUACUCUCAAAAUUCCUCGGUUUCUCCAUUCGCACGUAUGAGUCAUAAAAAUGGCAGACGCUGCUCGUUCCCUUCUACACAUCGUAAGGAACCGGAGUAGAAACUACAAAAAGCUGGUCAGUGGGAAAUUCCAUCUGGAUUCACCGAAGAACCCAUAUAACAACGGAUCCAAUCUUCCGGAAGUACACAGUCCCAAUAUUGAAGAUCAUUUACCGGCAAUGGCGCGAUUGACGAAGGACCUACGAAGUUCCUUCGUGGGGAUCGUCGCAAACCGCUUAAUUCUCCCACUUCCGAAGAAUUCAUCCUUACGGCCAUGGGAACAACUCUUGGAAGGAGAUCAUCACAACAUGUCUCCUACUUUUUCAAAUACUCAAGCGCAUCGGUGCCACAGAUUCGGAACGUCCAAAUCAUCCUUAAAUUUCGGAGAUUCAAUCGGGACUCUUCGACAUCUUUCGACAGACGUGAAGUACAAGAAUAUCUCCGAGAACCCAUCGUCAGUAGAAAUCCUGAGACGAGGGGUGAUCCUCAUCGGCAGGACAUGCAGGAGUGGUUUCAAAUUUUGCACAAUGUACGUCCCAUCGCCUGGUCCUGGGAUCGGGAGAGUUAAGAACUCCGUAUGGCCAACGACUUGGGCCAACCUUGUAGUUCCACGGCCACCUAUUUCAACAGAGGUAAUUCCCAAGAUCGGAAGACAAAUCCGCAGUGUUUCACAGGUGGUUUACAACUCCGUGGAACAAAAGCUGUACUUGGAAGCUGUACACAUACGUAACAAUAUCGCGAAUCGGAAGAAGUUGCGUUCGGAUGUCGUCGAUGAACGGAAGUACUGGAAGGCGAUGGGUUUGGGACCCGAGGGUCCACGGAUGCGUAAAUAAAAAAAAUUCACUGUGCUUAUUCUAUAAAUCUGUUAGAAUCCUUACCUGAUAAAUUAAAACACUUCUUGGACUUCGAA